ACUGCACAAAUCGAUGACAGCGACGGGAUUUUUCGGUCGGGAGGAGUGACGACAUUUUGUCAAUAUAUUAUUAAUUUCGUUCAAGGAAUUGUUAAACUUUUGUAAUAAGUGGUGUGAAAAGCCAUAAAAUGGGGGACAAUGAACAAAAAGCGAUGCAGUUGAUUGCGGAGGCGGAGAAAAAGUUAAAUUCGUCGAAAUCGUUCCUCGGUUCAUUAUUCGGAGGAUCAUCCAAACUUGAAGAAGCUGUAGACUGCUACCUCCGGGCAGCCAAUCUCUUUAAAAUGGCAAAGAAAUGGCCACAAGCCGGUCAAGCCUUCUGCACUGCAGCACAGCUGCAUCUAAAGGCUGGUGUACGUCACGACGCUGCCACUAACUUUGUUGAUGCCUCCAACUGCUACAAGAAGAGUGAUCCUAAUGAGGCUGUCUCGUGCUUACUGAAAGCGAUUGAAAUCUACACCGACAUGGGUCGGUUUACUGUAGCCGCGAAACAGCAUCAGAAUAUAGCUGAGUUGUAUGAGACAGAGUGCGUCGAUCUAGCUCGUGCGAUGCAGCACUACGAGCAGGCAGCGGACUACUUCCGUGGCGAGGAGUCCACUUCCUCCGCUAAUAAGUGCAUGCUGAAGCUGGCGCAGUACGCUGCUCAGCUGGAGCACUAUGACAAAGCCAUUCAGAUAUAUGAACAAAUAGCGAAGUCGUCGCUCGACAACAGCCUGCUGAAGUACAGCGCCAAGGAGUACAUGUUCCGCGCCGCGCUGUGCCACCUGUGCGUCGACCUGCUCAACGCGCAGCACGCGCUCGACAAGUACUGCGGCCUGUACCCCGCCUUCGGCGACACGCGGGAGUGCAAGCUCGUCAAGGAGCUGAUUGAGCACCUCGAAGACCAAAACAUAGACGCAUUUACCGAAGCGGUUAAAACUUACGACAGUAUAUCUCGCCUCGACCAAUGGUACACGACGAUGCUCGUGCGCAUUAAGAAACAAAUCAACGACAACCCGGACCUUCGUUGAAUUACAUUCAACUUACCACCCGUCUCGAGUGAGUUAUUUAUCUGUGGAUGGUAACGACAGUAUUAAUCUACAUAUUAGUUGUGUCUUUGUAAUAAUUUUAUCUGUGGUCAUAAAUUUGGCUGGACAUUUUGUAGUGACUAUUUAUAAAUUUAUUAAAAAAAAAUAUAUAAAUAACAUCCAUAUACAUAGUGUACAAAAAAAAGUAGUACCAAUUCUUUCGACUGUAGAUAAAAAUGAAUUGUAGUAUUCAAAUGUACAACUUUUGAAAUGUUACAUUAUGUAAUGAAAAAUAUACUAAUGUGUAGAUUAAAUGUUACAGAUUGCAUACCUGUUUUGGGAGCUAAUAAAUUAGAAUCAAUGCCUUUAGAAUAUUUAAAAAAAAAAAAUGUUUUCCCUCAAAAAUUUUGCUAUUAGUAUAAGUAUUGAUUCAUAUUGAAAAUGUAAUAAUAUACUAUUUCGACUUUAUAUUCAAGCAAUAAGGUCGAUAUUUCGAGGGAUAUUACUCGUUUAGUAAAUUAGGCAUUGAAUAAAUACGAUACUAAUGGAACAAGCUCAAAGUAAUGUAGAGACGGCGUGGAUAAUUAUUUUCUCUUAAAUCUUGUAGCAUAUUUAUUGCCUAUCCAUUAUAUUUGAUUGUAUAAGUUAGGUUACACCAGCGGUCAGAGGAAUAAGCCCAAAAUUGAUAAAUACUUCAAGUAGACUAAGAAGCACUUCUCAAUUAUUGUACAAACAAUUUAAUUAAAUCAAACGUCUACAAUGCUUUGGAAUGUACAUUUUGAGAUUUAGUACCUAUAAGAAACUGUUUUUACUUCUGCUCUAAUUAAAUUAUUAUUUGUCGAUAUUAUAUAAAUGUUGUUAAAAAUACCAAUCGUUUAUAUUAGUCUGAUAGAUUACUUGCUUUCUCAAUUUCCAAAUAAUAUGCCUGAAUGUAAAUUAAUAACAUUUUUUUUUUUUUUCUAGAUUAGAAAAAUAUUAUUUAUGAAUUUUUGAUGUUGUAAACUUGUUGUGGAGAUAAAAGAUUUUUAGUAAUUGCAACACUAAUAAAUCUAUUGUCAAAUUAAUUUUAUUUUGGUGUUCUACUAUUAAAAUCGUGUUUAAGAGUGGUAAGAGCAAGUCGUAAAUGUUCGUAAAACAUCGAAAAUAUAUAAAUAAAGUGGUUGAUUGUGACGUAAUGGAAUAACAUCUCGGCUGUUGGUUCCUUUGGCCGAUGGUGCGAUAAAUCUUAGUAUCGAUAGUUAAGUAGUGGUUAAGUCGAGAAGUUUUUUUUAAGAUUCGUGUUAUAAGCGAUGCACCGCAAACUAUUCCAUAUAUAUAAGUACAUUAGAUGAUAAAUUGCAAUGCUAGUUACGAAUAUUUACCGAUUUAAAACAAUUUAAACGCAAUGGAAGUUAUUACGGAUUUAAAUAGCUGAGUAUUUACUAUUAAGUGUUGCUACACUUAAAAAUUAUAGCUUUAUAGUGGGAAUUUUAUAUGAUAUUUGCAGUUUUUCUUUAAAGUUAUUAAGGUAGGCAGUUUAAAAAUAAUGUUUCGAAUAUGAUAAUCAAUACUACAUAUAUAAAUAAAAAAAACCCUGAGGAUAUUUCGUGCAUAUGCAUAUGAGGAAAAGAUUUGAAAUAUUAUGCACUAUUAAAAAAAUUACUUGAUGUUAUUUAUCUUUUUAAUUACAAAAUUUAAUAUUAACAAUGUACCUUAAUACAUUUGUGGCCUAGUCUCAUGUGUAUGUCCUUUGUAUGGUUCUAUUGGUAUUUAUAUUUUGUUAUUGUAAAUAUGUAUGUUAAUUUUUAUUAUUAAAUACGCGUUUCGUUAAUAAUAAAAUAUUUUUGUUUAUUUA